CUGAGCUUUUGGUAUUUUUUCCCCCAGAAUUUUCGGAUAAAAUUCUACUGUCUGAAAAUUCGUGUUUUUUGGUUUUGCUCGGAAUUCCAAUCUGAAUACACCGUUAGAUUCGUCUCUUCGAGACGAGAAAACUGGUAUUUUUUGGUAAUUUUUAGGCCACCGGAAGCCACCACACGCGCCGCCUAUGCGCCGGUGGUGAGGAGCUCGCUGACGUCAUCCCUGACGUCAUUCUGCACGCAGGCCAGAGGUUGAAGACAGCUGACGUCAUCGCUGACGUCAUCAGCCAGUCAGAGCUGUGUCAGCGACACAUCAGCGCUACGAGUGCACAUCAUCAGCUCACUGCCAUCUUCCACCAGCGCCCAGUCAGCUGCCACGUCAACGCCCAGUUAGCGCCACGUCAUCUGCCACAUCACCGGUCAGUUUUUAAAUUUUGAAAAAUUGCAGUUAGGUCCCUCAAUUUUUGGAAAAUUAUAAUUUCCACCUAUAAUUUUUCGAAAAUUGUAUUUUGACCCCGAAAGUGUCUACCCACCAUUUUGGCCGUUCCAUACGCAACGGUGCUGCCCGUUUUUCAAAAUUCUGCUCCGAUAUUUCUCAAACAGAAUAUUAAAAUUAUUUAGAAGGUGAAAAUGACCUUUGACGAGUCAACUUCAUCUUCCGGAGCUAUGAUUAUGCUCACAGCUACCAACUACACGCUAUGGAAACCUCGGAUGGAAGAUUUCCUUAGCUGUAAAGACCUUUUUGAUCCAAUAGAGAUGAAAGGUAUUAAUCCUGACCCACACAAAUCAAUAGAGUGGAAGAAAAUAAAUAGAAAAAUUAUUGGUCAAAUCCGUCAAUGGAUUGAUCAUAGUGUCUUCCACCACGUUGCACAAGAAACCGACGCUUAUGCCCUUUGGAAGAAGCUUGAAGAUAUGUACCAGGCAGAGACCGCCAGGAAUAAGGCCCUACUGAUGAGGCGUCUUGUCAAUAUGAAGCUCAAAAGUGGAACUUCUGUUGCCGAACAUACUAGUCAGUUUCAGAGUCUGGUAAAUCAACUAUCUUGUGUAGAAAUGCCACUUGGAGAUGAAAUGCAAUCUCUACUACUUCUUAGUUCCCUUCCUGAUAGUUGGGAGACACUAGUUGUUACUCUCAGCAACUCAGCCCCAGAUGGCAAACUUACCAUGUCUGUGGUCAAGGAUGCAUUGUUCAAUGAGGAGGCAAGGAGGAAAGACAUGAGCACAGAUCAGACUCAUGCUCUUGUGACGGAGAAUCGAGGAAGAUCACAAGGAAAGCAACAAAGAAACAGUAGAGGAAAGUGGCAAAUCAGAGGCAAAAGUCGGGGGAGAUCAUCAGAUGGCCGGAAACCUUCUUAUACCUGCCACCAUUGCGGUAUAGAGGGUCACAUGAAGAAGAAUUGCUACAAAUUGCUAGAGGAGCGAGGCAAGAGCAAUUCUCAAGCGAAGAACAAGGGUGGUGAAGCGCUCAUCACAAUCUCAGGUGAUGUGGCGUAUUGUACUAGCAAUGAUGAAACAUGCCUGCACAUCUCAAGAGAGGACACUGAAUGGGUGGUAGAUACUGUAGCAUCCUACCAUGUUACUCCCCACAGGUACUACUUCACAACUUACAAAGCUGGAGACUUUGGAGCAGUAAAGAUGGGCAAUUCCAGUUCCUCUGGAAUAGCUGGAAUUGGUGAUAUACAAAUAAAGACGAGUACUGGGAGCACAAUCACUUUGAAGGAUGUCAGACAUGUCCCAGACCUUCGGCUCAAUCUCCUAUCUGUGGUAUGUCUUGACGAACAGGGGUAUGACAACCACUUUAACAGGGGCACCUGGAAAAUGUCAAAGGGCGUUUUGACAAUCGCUCGAGGACAUGUUUGUGGCACAUUGUACAAAACCCAUUUGAGGAUUUGUAUGGAUAGCCUCAACAUUGCAGAGGAGACUUCUCAGAAUCUGUGGCACCUGAGGCUCGGCCACAUCGGUGAGAAAGGGUUGACUACCUUGAUGAAGAAGAACCUUAUCAACAUUGACAAGAAUUCUGCACCGGGUCCUUGCAGUCAUUUUUCCACCCCCAUUUUUCCCGCCCAAAAUAAUACUUGAAAUAAUAAUAUAUUGAUAACAAUCUUGAUUUAUUCUUUAAAAAUAGAUAGAGUUUUGC